AUUGAAACCAACCCUAAGCUCCUUUUUCCUCUACUCUAAUGGUAGCCCCGAUUAUUGUUGACUUAAGCAUCGGAGUGUCUACCCCGAGGACCCACCUCGGGGCUUUGCAGGUCGACCCGGAGUGCGAACGUGGACUAAAGAAGGACAUUUGCAAUUUUCACCCUCAUCUCCCGCCCCCAAUCCCGAACACACUCCCUCAUGCUGACCAUGCAGAAGGAGGGGAUGAAAAUCAGCCACACAAUUCGGCUCACAAUUCAGCCUCUACUGCUAACCAAGACGUAGUUGCAACUCAGCUUGAUGCCAUGCAACAGCAGUUUGGUGUCUUUCAGCUAGUACUGGCUCAGCUAUUAGUCCAGAAUAAUCCUGGUGAUCCACUCAUCAACCUACUUAAUACUUCUCCACAACCCCCAGCCCCACCAUCAAAUCCUGAACCAGUUCAGCAUGCUCUCGCUGUUAGUGAAUCUCAGGGCCAAUCUCACAUCGCACCAGCUCAGCAACCCCUUCAUGAUGAUGUCACUCGACGUCUAGAUAGCUUAGAAAAGUUAGUGGUUGAACAGCGAGGUGCCCCACCUCCACACCCUGCUGCUGACUCUGUACCCCACCCUCUCAACACCAAUAUUAUACUGGAACCCUAUCCCGUUGGCUUCAGAAUACCACAGCUUGAAACUUAUGAUGGGACGAAGGACCCAGAUGAUCAUCUACAUGCUUUCUACUCUUGCAUGCAGGCCCAGAACACCUCUGAUGCGUUGAUGUGCAAAAUCUUUCCCUCUACCCUCCGAGGUAAUGCUCGAACCUGGUACUACAGUCUGCCUUCGAGGUCAAUCAACUCUUACACAGAAAUGACAUCUGCUUUAGCCACAAAGUUUUCCAGUAGAAGGUUGAUCAGGAAAACCACUUCUGAGCUGAUGCGAGUUAAGCAGAGGGACGGAGAGUCUUUGAAGAAUUUUAUGAGCAGAUUCAAUGAUGCAGUGCUGGAGGUCAACUCUUUCGACCAAGCUGUGGGAAUUACAGCUGUGAUCUCAGGUCUUAGCCAUGAGAGAUUCAGAGAUAGUCUGCUCAAACAUCCUGCCAACACCUUCAGUGAGGAAACGGAUGAAGACAACACAGAACCAAGGUCCGAUGUUGACUUCCACCCUGAGAUUCGGAAGGCCGAACUUAGCACCUCCGCAACAACCUGCAGGUAUUGUGAUUUUCAUCAAGAUCACGGCCAUACAACAGAGCAAUGCAAUAGUCUGAGGUCCGAGCUGGAAAGUCUGGCACAGAAAGGAAUGUUGAAUGAGUACAUCCAGAGAGUUGAACAGCCACAGUUUGUCAGGGAACAAGGGCCACAGCCUCAAGGAGUCCGUAACCCGCCAAACAGGCAAGGUGUGGGAUAUCAACAAGCCCCACCCCCGCUCCCACCAGCAGCUAGAAUUAUACACAUGAUUACAGGAGGCCUGAAAGCCGGUGGACUGAGCUCUAAACAGAGAAAGUUGUACGUCAGAGAGAUUAAGCAUCCAAACCACGCUCAGAAACGGAAAUUUGAUGAUGCUGACUGGAAGAAUCAACCUAUUACUUUCACAUCUGCUGAUUCUGACACAGUUGUUACACCCCACAAUGAUCCUCUAGUCACUUCCGUCAUGAUCAACAAUUGUGAGGUGCAGCGUGUCCUUGUUGACACAGGCAGUGCACUAGACAUCAUGUACUUCCAUUAUUUUGAGAGUCUUGGGUUGGAUCCAGCUCUGUUGCAGCGGUAUGAUGGUCCCAUCUCCGGGUUCAACAACCAACCAGUUCCAGUUGAAGGAGUCCUCACCAUGAAUGUUGCAUUUGGAAGUGGCCGAAUCUCACUUAUGCAUGAAAUUCCCAACUCCUACGGGAGUAGCAACAUUGCGAGGCAACCAGGAGGUGGCCUGACAUUGCUACAUCACCUCGGUCACACAACCUCAGAAGGGCAAAUAUCAGACACCCGAGCUGCUCCGGUUGAAGAUGUGGAAGAAGUACAGAUUGAUGACAGAGAUCAGAGCCGAAAAACACAAAUUGGGACCAAAUUGAACCCGGAGGAAAGAGCAGAGCUAAUAGCUUUUCUUCAGGCCAAUAAAGACGUUUUUGCAUGGACUUCAGUAGAUAUGCCGGGAAUUCCCACUUCAGUUUCUCAACAUAAACUCAGCACCACUCCACUCAAGAAACCAGUAGCCCAAAAGCGAUGCCUCUUUGGGGGAGAGAAGUUACAGGUCAUCAAAGAAGAAGUUGAGAAACUCUUACAAGCUGGCUUUGUCAGAAGGGUCGAUUACUGUGAAUGGGUCGCCAAUCCUGUGCUGGUGAAAAAAGCAAACGGUAAAUGGCGGAUGUGCAUCAAUUACACUAACCUCAACGACGCCUGUCCAAAAGACUGUUACCCAAUGCCAAACAUUGACAAACUGGUUGAGGCAGCCUCUGGAAACGAGAGAUUAAGUCUUUUGGAUGCAUACUCUGGCUACCACCAGGUUCCAAUGGCUCCUGAGGAUACUGAUAAAACCUCGUUCUAUGCCAGCGAUGAAAUUUAUUGUUAUGUAAUGAUGCCCUUCGGCUUGAAGAACGCAGGUGCUACUUACCAGAAGAUGGUUACCAUCGUAUUCCGAGCUCAAAUAGGCCGGAAUCUGGAGGUAUAUGUUGAUGAUAUAGUGGUAAAAAGUCUGAAAGCUAGAGAUCACUUAACCGACCUCGAGGAAACAUUCAACAACCUUAGGAAGAACAGAAUGAGGUUAAAUCCAGCAAAGUGUAUUUUUGGUGUGGAGUCAGGAAAGUUCCUAGGCUUCAUGGUGUCCAGAAGGGGGAUUGAGGUUAACCCCGAGAAGAUCAAAGCAGUAGCUGAGAUGGAACCACCGAAGUCAGUGAAAGAUGUACAGAGGUUGACAGGGAGAGUAGCAGCUCUUCAUAGAUUCAUUUCGAAAUCAGCAGAUAAAUGCUUGCCGUUCUUCAAGAUCGUGAGAUUGGUAGCUCAGAAGGAUGAAUCUGGCAAACAAAAGAAGUUUGCAUGGAAUUCGGAAUGUCAAGCUGCAUUUGACGAGUUGAAGUCUUAUCUUAACUCACCUCCUUUGCUGACAAAGGCUGAUGAUGGAGAAAUCCUUUACUUGUACCUUGGGAUAUCAAAUGAGGCUAUCAGUUUUGUGUUAGUAAGGGAAGAGGGAAAGCAACAGAAACCAAUUUACUACAUCAGCAGCGUGUUACAUGGAGCUGAAGUCAGAUAUUCCAUUGCUAAAAAAGCAGCCUUAGCAGUUGUCACUUCGGCCAGGAAACUGAGACCGUAUUUCCAAUCACACCCAAUUAUAGUCCUCACGAACCAACCGCUCAAACAAAUUUUGCAGAAGCCAGAAUGUUCGGGGAGAUUAAUCAAAUGGGCAGUUGAAUUGGGAGAAUUCGAGAUCACAUUUCAGCAGAGGUCAGCCAUCCGAGCUCAGGCUCUUGCCGAUUUCAUAGUAGAGUGCACCUCGGCUCACUCUGAUUUCCAAUCCGAGGUGGACAGCUGGAUUUUAUAUGUUGAUGGCGCAUCAAGUAAUAAAGGUUCUAGCGCUGGUGCAAUCCUACUUGGUCCAGAUGGGUACCGAAGCGAACACGCUCUAAAAUUUAAUUUUGAUGCCACCAACAAUAUGGCCGAAUACGAAGCCCUGCUACUUGGCUUACAGCUAGCGAUAGCAUUGAAAGUUGAAGCGAUACAAAUAUACACUCUAGUAGCCGAGCUGAAAUCCAAAUUCCAGAAAUUCCAUUUAAGCAAAAUACCUCGAGCUGAAAAUGAACAAGCAAAUUCCCUCUCUAACACGGAUCCUAACUCACCAAGCUGGACAGAUCCAAUUACUUCGUUUCUACGAGAUGGUGCAGUGCCUGCGGAUAAACAAGAAGAGAUGAGGCUGAGGAAGAAAGCAUCUCGGUACACCCUUGUUAAUGAUGUUCUCUACAAAAGAUCUUUCUCACUCCCUUUGCUCCGCUGCCUAACCCCUUACGAGGCUGAAUACGCACUUCGGGAGGUGCAUGGAGGUGUCUGCAGAAGUCAUAUAGGUGCUCGAACUUUGGCCCAUAAAGUCCUUAGACAAGGCUAUUAUUGGCCUAACAUGUAUAAGGAUGCCAUCCAGUUCUUACAACGGUGUCAGAAAUGUCAGUUCUUCGCACAUCUAAUUCACCAGCCUGCAGAAGAGCUCACUACUCUGGUAGCACCUUGGCCAUUUGCCCAGUGGGGUCUUGACCUUUUAGGCCCAUUUAUGACGGGGGUAGGAGGUGUAACCCAUCUCAUCGUUGGUGUAGACUAUUUCACAAAAUGGGUUGAAGCUCAGGCACUAUCCAGUCUUACCUCCAAGAAGGUCGAAGACUUUGUUUUCAGCUCGAUUAUUUACAGAUAUGGGAUCCCGAGUCAGAUUGUAGCUGACAACGGCACUCAAUUCAAUUGCUCCUCAUUCCAGGAUUUCUGUUCCAGCUACGGGAUUAAACUGCAAUUCACCUCGGUUUACCAUCCGGAGUCCAACGGCAUGGUCGAGUCUGUUAACAAAUGCAUCUUAGAAGGUAUAAAGUCGAGGUUGGAACAACACAAGGCCAAAUGGGUAGACGAGCUCAACAAUGUCCUCUGGGCAUACAGAACUACGAGCCGAACUGCCACAGGUGAAACACCCUAUCAUCUGGCCUUUGGUAUCGAAGCAGUCAUUCCUAUCGAGAUAGGAGUCCCAAGCUUUACGGUCACCCAUUUCGAUGAAGGACGAAAUGGACAACUGCUUCGGGAGAACCUUUAUCUGCUUGAUGAACUAGCACCAAACUGGGAGGGCCCCUACACCAUAGCCGAAGUGCCGCACUUAGGUGCUUAUAUCCUGAGGGACACCGAAGGCAAACGGGUUCCUAGAGUCUGGAAUGUCAAUAACUUGAAGAAGUUUUACCCUUAAGUAUACUUCAUUUAAGUGAAUUUUGUCUUAAUCGUUAUUACUUUCAUUCCUUCCGCUCAACCUAAUAUGUAUUUGAACUCAAUUCAUUUAUCUCAUUAAUAAGUUUCACUUCGCAUU